AUGAGCAGAGGACAGACUGAGGUCCUGGGGCUGCUGAUAGCACUGACAAGCCUGCUGCUGCUAAUCGCUGCUGCUGGAAAGGACUGUUGGAGGCAAGGAGCUAAAGAUCAGCUGACCUCAGUAGGUCUGAGUUUCCGUUGUCGAGGCCUGUGGGGAGAGUGUGUUCAUGACAGCCUGGUGGGUCUGAGGACAUGUGACGUGUCAGUGUCUUACAUGGAGAAUCUGCCAGCUGAUUUGUUGGCUAUGCGAGUAGCGUUGGUGGGGAUGUGUGUUCUGUCUGUGCUCUCCAUCCUGAUCAUGAUACCUGGUCUGAGGUGCACUACACUGAUCCCCAGUGUACUGGCUCAGGGCAGGCUGCUGCAGGUCUCUGGCGCCCUCUGUCUGUGUGGAGGAGUGUGUGGUGCAGCUGGCCUGCUGUGGUACGGAGUGGACACUUACACCACAUACAGACUGGAAGCGACUCUGGGGAUGCCAGGAAUAACGUUUGAGUUCGGGCUCUCCUACUGGUUGAUGCUGGGAAGUGUGCUCUGUUCUCUCACCUCAGCUGUACUGGCAGUCAGCAGUGUGUCUCGUAUCAGUGAUGCCAUCAGGAUGCAACCGAAGUCAGCUCACAGUCAGCCGGCCCAAACAGACAUGUUACCACAGUCUACUUCAAAUUACAAGACUUACAUUUAA